GAACCAAGAUCUCGAUAACCUCAGCAAAGUGAAUCCAAGUUCUUUCACAAGUGACAAGGAGAUAAAUAAGCAAGCAUAUGAAAAUACUCCAAGGGCUCCAAAUAAUCUCCAGGAAACAAACUACUCCAGUGACAGUGAAAGAAAAACCAGCAAAUCAUCAUAUGGUGCCUAUGAAGAAAAUAUAACUGGAAAUACUAUCAAAACUGUUUACUCUACUUCUGAUCGGAGUAUAAUUGGAAAAGAUAUAUGUACAUACUGCAGGAAGCCCUUGGGCAUAGAUGCCAAAAUGAUCUUAGAUGCCUUGCAAAUUUGCUGUCAUUCGACUUGCUUCAAGUGUGAAGUAUGCAAAAGACCACUGGAAGAUCUGAAAGCAGGAGACAGCAUUUGGAUUUACAGACAAACUGUGCAUUGUGAGCCUUGCUAUUCCAAAGUUAAAG